AUGUGUUGCGAUGUUCAGCGCAUUUCUUUGGUGUCCAGUUUUAUUGCAUCGGUUCUAUGCGGACACAUUGUUGGUAUCGAUGCGGGUGAUGCGUGUGGCAUGAACCUAAUGGAUGUAAGGAAUGGAGUCUGGAGUGAGAAAUGUCUCAACGUUUUGGCCGAAACUGAUGAGCAGAAAGUACUUUUGAAGAAGAAACUCGGAGAAAUUGUUCCCUGCGAAUCAAUUGUGGUAUGCAGACUUGCCUACUUUUCCAUGCUUCGAACUAUCUCGAAAAUCUCGAUCUUACAUUUCUGA